UCCUCACCCCCUCUUCAGAAGGGACACAUGGGCACCCAGAGAGAGACAGAAUGCUGACUGCUGCCACACUCCUGAUUCCUAGGAUGAGGGUGUCCAGGCAGACAUCUCUUAAUUUAUUUUGCCUCCUCUGGCUCCUGCUUCUGCUGAAGGCUGCCUCUUCCUCCCCUCUCCUCCGUGGAAAUGACCCACCACCCUCUUCGCUCCCCUCGGGGCUGUACAAAGGACACACCUGCAUUGGGUGCGUGCUUGUGGUGUCUGUAAUUGAACAGCUUGCACAGUGGCACAACAGUACGGUAAAGGCAGCCACGGAGAGGCUGUGCAGCUACAUACCUGAGAAACUGCAAGGUUUCUGUUACAUACUUGCUGAACUUUAUGGACCACACAUAGCUGAGCUCAUAGACAGGGAAAUGAAUGCUGAUGUGGUCUGCCAUUCCUUGAAGCUGUGUAAACAGGAUCCGGGACAACCGCUUUGUCAUCUCUACAGCCCUCCGAAGGUUGGGCUGAGCACUGCAAUAAGAAAAGCACGGAGGAUUGUGAAGACUUCCAAGGACCUGAAAAACUUCAUGGGGUUCUCAAGCGUGUGUGCGUUUCCUCUUCUGGCUAACCUGUGUGAGAAGAUUAAAUAUGUUUUGAGAAAUAAACUGCCUUUUGAAGAUUUGGAUGGAGAUAAAUUUAGUACUUUCCCGACACUGAGGGGCUACCACUGGCGAGGCAGAGACUGCGACGACAGGAACAACGCUGUGUACCCUGGCAGACGUCCUGAUAACUGGGAUGAGGAAAGGGACUCUAACUGCAAUGGCAUAUGGGGCGUGGAUCCAAAAGAUGGAAUUCCCUAUGAGGAGAAGUUCUGCAAAGGUGCGGAUUCACAAGGGGUCGUGCUGUUGGGAGACUCAGCUGGCGCUCACUUCCACAUCCCUCCCGAGUGGAUGACCGUCUCACAGAUGUCAGUGAAAUCGUUUGCCAAUCUCCCAGUGGCUUUCACCAACGAGCUUGACUGGCCCCAGUUCUCAGAGAUCACUGGAUUUCUGAACUCCACCAUCGGAGGCUGGACAGACUCUCUGUAUCUACGCUUACGGAACAGGAACCGCUGUAAUCACAGAGACCUACAGAACAUCUCCAAAAAUGGUGGCUCUUCAGGAAAUCUCCUCCACUUAAUAAAGAGCUUGGCCAGAAACCAGCUGUUGGACAAUCCAGCCACCGUGAUCUACGCUACGAUUGGGAAUGACGUCUGCAAUGGGUAG